AUUUGCAGUAGAAGGAUGAGAUGAAGAAUCAAUUGGACGACGUCAUUAAGGAGAAGGAUGGGUUCAUGGUUGAGAUUGGGAAUUCGUUAUCUAAUGUUCGAGGAAUGGCCAUGGAAGGUCACCCACUGGCCUGCAAGACCUCCCUAAUUGUGUUCACUUCGUCAUGGGCAGGUACAAUUUCUUACUCUGCUGGGUUUGCUAUUUGGGGAUGCUACUUGGUUGGUAAAAAGAUUUGGAUUACUUCGAUUCUGCUUCAGAUGGAUAAGUCAUGGAUGCUUGAGGAUAGAAGAUCACGGGCAUAUGAACUAGGGGUUGAAGCAUUCUUAAAGUUUGCAGUAGAAAAUGCUAGAAAUGAAAAUAGAAUUCCUUGUCCUUGCUGGGAGUGUGGAAAUACAAAAGACUUUGGCAUUGGAAUUAUCAAAGGUCAUUUGUUUAGCUAUGGUAUUACACCAAACUAUCAGAAUUGGAUAUGGCACGGAUAACCUUCCAAGUCAGCUUCAAACUUGGACUCUCGUGCUGACAGUACACAUAAACGUGGACCUGGUAAUACACAUGAACCUGAAGCUGAUAGUGUAGAUGAACAUGAACCUAUGAUUGACCCUGACUCGGUGCAUAUGGAUGAUACUAUGGCACGGAGAGCCUUCCAAGUCAGCUUCAAACUUGAAGAUAUUCAAGGUGUACUAGCUAAGGUAUAUUCAUUAUUUAAGUUAUUCAGCGUUUGCUGGCAUGAUGAUUUGGUAGCUUCAAUUGGUUGCUUGGCCUGGAUUGGUACUCCAUCUUGCUACAUUAUGUCCUUAAAAGAAAUUUAGUUUAGCUUCAAGGUUUUCAGUUUGAGAUUGUAACUUCUGGCAUGACUUGAUUUUUUUUUUUAGGUAACUAUUGCAUGAUUAAUGCAUCUUGUGUGAGUAUUUUGCAUUAUGUUUCAUUUAUAUAUUCAGAAGUAAAUCAUUAUAUUUAGCAUGUGAACAGGUUCCUUCUAUUCAAUUUUUAGUGAAUUACAUGACCGAUGUGUGCAUUCACAAUUGAAUUUUAC